UCUCUCUCUCUCUGUGUGUGUGUGUGUGUGUGUGUGUGUAGUCUCUCUCUCUCUGUGUGUGUGUGUGUGUGUGUGUGUGUAGUCUCUCUUGGUGUCUCUCCGCAGUCGGACCGUUUUUCUUCUGUCUCCGUCUGAAGGGCCAUGUCCUCGUCCUGCAGCAGGACUCUCUCCGCCCCUCUGCAGGGUCACUACCUGACAAUGAAGCCCUGAAGUUUGAGGACGCAGCGCCCCUUGCUGGACUCCUGUUGUAACUGCAGGCCAUGGCUGAACCCAGCUACUCCGACCUGAUCGCGUCACACUACAAUUACACUGGCAAGUUCCGCAAGACGGAGCAGGACUCGGGUCUGAAGGCCGACUCGGUGGUCUUCAUCAUCGUGUGCUGCUUCAUCAUCCUCGAGAACAUCCUGGUCCUGACCACCAUCUGGAGAACCAAGAAGUUCCACAAGCCCAUGUACUACUUCAUUGGGAACCUGGCUCUGUCCGACCUGCUGGCCGGCGUCGUCUACACCGCCAACAUCCUGCUGUCGGGCGCCAACACCUACAAGCUGACGCCGACGCAGUGGUUCUUCAGGGAGGGCAGCAUGUUCGUAGCUCUGGCGGCGUCCGUCUUCAGCCUGCUGGCCAUUGCCAUUGAGCGCCACCUCACCAUGCUGAAGAUGAAGCUGCACAACAAUGGCAACACCUGCCGCGUCUUUCUGCUCAUCAGCACCGUGUGGAUGAUCGCGGCGGUGCUGGGCGGUUUGCCCGUGAUGGGCUGGAACUGCAUCCAGAGCAUGACGCAGUGCUCCACCGUGCUGCCACUCUACCACAAGACCUACAUCCUGUUCUGCACCACUGUCUUCAGUGUCAUCCUCAUGGCCAUCGUGGUGCUCUACGCUCGGAUCUAUGUGCUGGUGCGCACUCGCAGCCGCAAACUCGUCUUCCGCAAAGUUUCCAAUGGUCGCAGCAACGCCGGCGCCAAUAGCAAGAGUUCGGAGAAGUCGCUGGCGCUGCUCAAGACGGUCAUCAUCGUCCUGAGCUGCUUCAUCGCCUGCUGGGCACCGCUCUUCAUCCUCCUGCUGCUGGACGCGGCCUGCGAGACACUGGGCUGCCCCAUCCUCUACAAGGCAGAGUGGUUCCUGGCACUCGCCGUCCUCAACUCCGCCAUGAACCCUCUCAUCUACACGCUGACCAGCAACGAGAUGCGUCGUGCGUUCCUCAAGACGCUGCUGUGCUGCAUUUCCUGCCUCCGGCCAAACGCCAAGUUCAGCGGGCCCAUCGUGGGCGCAGAGUUCAGUCGCAGCAAGUCCGAUAACUCCUCUCACCCCAACAAGGAGGAAGUGGAGUACUCGCCAAGGGAGACGACGGUGGCAUCCCUGGGGAACGUCACCUCAUCGUCCUAAUCGUCAGAUCGCUCGACUGCAGGAGGACGAAGGGUUAGUUUGUGUUUGUACAGGAAACAGGUCACAAGACCAAUCAGCUGAUCAGGACUCAAAGCCCUUAUGGAGACUUUCAACCUGGUUUUAACUGGGACCAGUGAUCCGUCACACAGACGAGGUCCACGCGCUGCAGGAUCCAGUUCAUCUGGACUCACCUGAUGGUCCAGGAUCUGUCGGGACCUGAACGUGUCCUGACAAACAUCUUACUGAUCCUCAUAGAAGAAGAACCAGACUUUACUGACCCUCUAUGAACCAGUAGAACCAGUAGAACCAGUAGAACCUGUAGAACCUAAACAUCCACAAUUAUUUAAGAAAAACAAAUGAAUUGAUGGAACCUUGUUUCCUCCACUUCCUUUAAUAAAACACGCCACACUGAUCGGAGUUCAGGUGUCAAUGACACUUUUCUGUCUCCUGUCGUACGGAAUGACCAGCAGGGGGCGACUCACUGGUUGUUUCUAUAGAAGUCUAUGAGAACAUGACUUGAUUGAUAACGUUUCUCUAGUUUCAAGUCUUCUUCAACACGUGAAGUUCAUGUUGUAAAUUAUGGUUAAUUUACAAUCACAUAGACCAUAAAGCACCAGAAGUGUUAGGGGCGUGGCUACAGCGUGCAGGUGCAGGUCCUCAAGCUCUCAGUCAGGCCACGCCCCCUGCUCCUUCAAAUCAUAUGGUUACUUCUGGUUUAAAAAAAACAAGAUGUCAAACUAGAGUUCACGAACCAAUGAGACGUCACGGUGAGUUGAUACUGUGAGGUCACAUGACCAUAUAUGGCACAGACAUGGAGUGAAGCACCUGGACUCUGAUGUUUGUGAUGUGACGCUUCCGUAGAACUUAAUGGUACAAAGUGUAAGAAACCGUCUGUGGUCGUCUGUGUAGUCACAUUCAUUUAUAUCUGAAGAAGAUUCAGCUGAGAUUGGUUCUCGUGUGUCUCAGAGCUAUGGAAGCUCAUUUCUGCCAAAAGAAAUCCAAUAAAUAUGAGAUGAUAAAAAUGAAAUCAUCAUUAAUAUCUCAUAUUAUUAAUUCAGUAAUUAUUAUUAUUAAUUAAAAUCCAUAUUGAUUUUCACACUUCUCAGUUUAUUUGUAAAUGAUUAUUUUGAGUAAAGCUGCUCAUUUCUCAUGUUCUUCCAUGUUUUAAUGUCAUGACUGAACUGGAUCUCGUGACGACUUCACGUGAUUGGAUUGAAAGCUUCGAAUUGGACCUCGAGCUAAAAUACAACGUUGUUUACAUCUGAACUUCCAACAGAACCUCAGAGAAACUUCACGGUUUAAGAAUCGGAUCAACUUCUGGUUCGACUUUGUCAGAAAUGAGCCUCUGUGCAGAUGAAAUGUUGUUACCAUGGUGACCACUGAUCGAUGACUCGUAACCUUUUCACUCGUUCGUUCAAUAAAGAGACAAAUAGGAGAAACAA